CAUAGUUGCUCAUUCGCCACAAAACAGAACAACAAACAGAGCAACAACCUCAAAAAUCGAAAACUCUUGCAAGAACUUGAAAUCCCAACAAAAAUGGAGGAACCCACUUUGUUCCAGUACUCAACUACUUCAGAAUUCUCCCCAGAAUCAUCGUUCGGGUCCAGUUGGUGGGACGAGCUUCUUAAUUACGAUAUCUCCAUUCCUUUCAUUUUCAGCUUCAACGGCACCGACGAAGUCGAAAUGAAUUGGAUGGAUUCAUUUGCCGAAGGACCCAAAGAGUCAUCGGAGUCCAACUCCACCAACAGCGUCAAAGAAGAAGAGGUCACCUCGGAUGCUAAACAAGAAGAAACAAAUGGUACUAAGAAAGAAAAGAGUUACCGAGGUGUGAGGAAGAGGCCGUGGGGGAAAUACGCGGCCGAGAUUCGAGACUCGACGAGGAAUGGCGUUAGGGUGUGGCUGGGAACAUUCGACAGUGCUGAGGCGGCAGCGAUCGCGUACGACCAAGCGGCAUUCUCGAUGAGAGGGUCAUUGGCUACUCUGAAUUUCCCGGUGGAAGUGGUGAGGGAAUCGCUGGAGGACAUCAAGUAUGGAUGCGAGGAAGGUUGCUCUCCGGUGGUGGCUCUGAAGAAGAGGCACUGUUUGAGAAAGCGAAGGAAGAAUAAAAUCAAAGGCAAACAAAACCAAGUGGCGGCCAAGUCAAGGCAACAACACAAUUUGGUUGUGUUGGAAGAUUUAGGAUCUGAUUACUUGGAGCAACUGCUAAGUUCAUGUGACACUAUUUCUCCUUGCUGAAACUUCGGCUCUUGCUUUC